UUCGCUCGGGGAAGAGCCCCGCCCCUCACACCACCCCUCCCCCGCUCCAGGAAGUGCGGGGGCUCCAGCCGCCCGACCGGGCGCAAUGCAUUCUGGGAAGGUAGCAGCACCAGAUCCAAGAUGGCGGCCAGCAGGAGGCUGAUGAAGGAGCUUGAAGAGAUCCGCAAAUGUGGAAUGAAAAACUUCCGUAACAUCCAGGUUGAUGAAGCUAAUUUAUUGACUUGGCAAGGGCUUAUUGUUCCUGACAACCCUCCAUAUGACAAGGGGGCCUUUAGAAUUGAAAUCAACUUUCCAGCAGAGUACCCAUUCAAACCACCGAAGAUCACGUUUAAAACAAAGAUCUAUCACCCAAACAUUGAUGAAAAAGGGCAAGUUUGCCUGCCAGUAAUUAGUGCUGAGAACUGGAAGCCAGCGACCAAGACCGACCAAGUAAUCCAGUCCCUCAUAGCACUGGUGAAUGACCCCCAGCCCGAGCACCCGCUCCGGGCUGACCUAGCUGAAGAAUACUCUAAGGACCGUAAAAAAUUCUGUAAGAAUGCUGAAGAGUUUACAAAGAAAUAUGGGGAAAAGCGACCUGUGGACUAAAAUCUGCCACAAAUGAUUCCAGCAAGUGUGAGCAGAGACCCCGAGCAGUGCAUUCAGACACCCCGCAAAGCAGGACUCUGUGGAAAAUUGACACGUGCCACCGCCUGGCGUUCACUUGUGGCAGUUACUAACUUUCUACAGUUUUCUUAAUCAAAAGUGAUCUAGUAACCUGUAAAGAAAGGAUUAAAAAUUUCAGAUAUUCUAGUUCUGCUUUCUUUGUUUUAAAAAUCACCGCUUCAAUCCACUUCAAAAGCAUGGUGUUUCUUUUCUUGUCCAAAUUUACCCAAAAAUCUUAAAGUUACAUAGCCCAUAAGGUUAAACAAGGAAAAAUAACGGUUGUGGUUCCCCUUCCUUCUGUGCCCUUGCAAUUCCCACUCUCUUUGUAUUCAGUAUAUCUUUCAGGGAACACUUCCCAGGCCCCAUCUUUUCUGCAGAGGAGAAGAAAUGGCUCUGAUGGCUUUUCUUCUCCCAUGUCACACUGCCCUGCAUGGGAGUUGGAUCAAAUUCUAUUGAUGCCAGUCUGUAACUUCCUUUUUAAAAAUUACAAAACAACCACUCCCCCAUCCAUCCACCCCCCCCAAAGAAAAAAAGAAAAGCCCUGCAAAGGGAGGCCCACCCAGCUCUUCUCUAAAAAUGUGGCUUAUGGGUCCACAAUAAUGUGGAUUAAAUGGGCAGGCCCUGCUGUGUUGCCUGAUUGAACUGCAGCCUUACUUGGCCUAUGUAGGGAAACCUUCAAUGCGAGGUCUGGUGAUUCCAGAGAGAGGGCUUACCAGCUGAGGACACUGCUUGUGAGACGAUGAUGAAUUUCUCACUGGAAAGGCUCCAGAGGCCAAGAUACAGCACCCUUCCUUGCAACCAUGUUAGAAGAUCCACUGGUCAGCACAGGCAGAACAGAAGCCAGAAUAUCCAUUUCAAAUUCCAAGCUCCUCCAUCGGAAUGUGCCACAGAGCUCUGCGACUCUUCUCUGCAGCAGCCCCACCAUAGCCCUCCCUUGGCACGGUUCAACCUUUUGUGGGAUUAGAAUUGGCUGGACUCGGCUUCCUGUCUGGUGUCAGUCUUGGGUUGCUGGGGCCCCUUCUGACCUUUACUUCAGCACAGCCGGUGGCCCGGCCCAGGAGCAAGAUGGCCUUCCUUUUCCCUUUGGACUCAGUCUUCGCAGAGUCAAGCUCCACUUGAAGCUCACUCAGUAAUACCUUUCAAUGUGUUUUAUAUUGUUUUGAUUGCCUUUUUUGUAGAAAUAAAAAUUGACCUUAGAAUUUAUCAUCAUAUGAACUUUGUAAGGAUUUGAAUGUUGAUGUCUUUCAAGGCAAAUGGGAUUAUCCCUAAAAUGGUAAGAAAAUGCAUGACACUCUGAGGAAGCUGAUCAAACACCAUGUGUCACCAACCUCUGCCACUGUCAGCUUCCAUUCUUGGCUACUAGGGGGACUAGAUCUCAUGAAGAUGACUUCAACAAACUUUGCUGUUUUUUCACUUUAGCUCCGUAAUUUCAUCUCUCCAGGGUUUUACAGACAUACAAGGUAACCCUGGGUUUUGCCUGUGUGGAAGUGUGAAGUGAUGGGUAGUGUAGGUGCAUAACACUUUGGUUGUGCAGGCGCGUGGCUCCUACAGUGUAUAAAUGAACUCAGCUGCUUUAAUUCUAGGUUUGUAAGGGGCAAGUUUCUGGAGACUCUGUGCCUAGGAUGCCAAGAGCACAGGGCAAGUAUUUCCUCAUCUGUCUCUUCAUCAGCAGAAAGGUAAUAAUGGAUUUUAUUUCACUCACACUCAGAUUUGUAAGAAAAUGCCAAAUUCUGUCAAGCUAUCCAAACAAGCCACCGUUUGUUCUUGUUAAGUCCAGGAAGAAUUGUCUUUCUUGAAAACUGUCCCGUUGCUUCGUAUUUCUGCCAGCAUAGCUUUGCCUGCCUGUCAUUCCCUCACUGCUCUCUGCUCACCAUGGGAGGGUACCCUAAUGCCAGCAGCACCUCUCAGGGACUCUUAGUCCUGUCACUGGCACCCCAUGGUCUGCCCUGGCAGCAAAGACCUGGCUCUCAAGUCAGUGGGUGUCCCUCCCUCGGCCUGGGUGACUCGCUCCUUUCAGCUAUGCCCCUGGGGCAGUCUUUGAGCAAGCUGACAGCCAGCUCUGGCUGCUGUGAAACCAAAAAGCUGAAUCCUCUGGAGAAGGGCAGAGCUGUGAAGCAGCUACCCACUGCUGACCUGCACUGGCUCAGGAAUUCACAGCCACCUGGUUCCUUGAAGUGCCCAGGGUCCUCUUCCUGCCCUUCCACAAUGGCGGAGAAUAGGCUUUCUAAGAUGCUGCGAUCCCGUUCUGCUGCCCUUAAUAAAAAUGCUCUCCAACA